GCACUCCACUCCGCUGCGGACGCCAUCCAGAAACCACUACCAGUAUCUGGCGCUGCUGGCCGCUCUCCAAUCACACAAACAGCGCGACUCCGGCAUGAGAUACUCGUGGGCCUUGUGUCUGGCGGCGGCGCUGUCGCUGGCGGCCGGCCAGGUGCCCGGCUUUGGCGGCUGUCCGGUUUACCAGCCCAUGACCAACUUCGACCUCUCCAAGUACAUGGGCACGUGGUACGAGGCGGAGCGCAUGUUCGCCGUGACGGAGGCAGGAGCCCGUUGCGUCUCCGCUACAUACACCAAAUUCCCGGACGGCAAAGUGCGUGUGGCUAACCAGAUCACCAACAGACUCACUGGACUGACGCGGCAGCUGGACGGGGAGAUCAACAUGAUAGGGAAGGCAGGCGAGGCAAAGCUCUCUGUGAAGUAUUCCUCCCUACCAGUAUCGAUUGACUCUGAGUACAUAGUGCUGGACACAGACUACGAUACCUACUCCAUCGUGUGGUCGUGCAGCUCUCUCGGACCCAUCGUGAACAGGCAGAACGCGUGGAUCAUGACACGCGAGCGGCUGCCGCCGAGCCCCGUGCUACAGAGAGUCUACGGCAUCCUGGACGACUACAAGAUGCGGCGCACGUUCUUCGUGAAGACGGACCAGGAGAACUGCGACUACGUGGCCGCGCCCGGCGCCUCCGGCGACGCCCCUCCGGCCGCCACGACCGCAGCAGCAGCGCCCGCCGCCACCGCCGCCCCCGCGGCCGCUGCCAAACCUGGCCCCGCAGCCGCCCCCGCUGCUGCUCCUGCAGCGUCUUCCAGAAGGUUUGUCAGGGAGACGGCAGCCCUGGACAAGGAGGAGGCGAGCGCCGGCCACAAGAAGCCCCUGGUCGACGUCGCUCGCGAGAAGAGGCCGGCCACCAAGCCGGACAAGGAGCAGGACAAGGACAAGGCCCCUAACAAGAAGGCCCCCAGCGGCGCCGCCUAGUGGGACACAGUCUCUAUUUAUUUCCUAGUUUGUAGUCACGUACUAUUUAUUU